CCAUCCCCUGGCUCACAUCCCUGUCAGAAUUGGCAGCAUCCUCACCACUCCAGAGAUUGUCUCUUCCAGGGCUGGUCCAGCCUUUGGUGCAUCCCUGGAGCACAGUGCACAGUGACUGAGCCCAUCCCACCAAGGCAAUGGUUGUGCUGGUGGCAGUGGCAGAAGUGCUGUUGGUGCUGGGUUUGGCUGUGGAGUCCGACUCGCUCUGCUCACCCACCUCCUUUUACAAGAACUGCUGGAUCCGGCGCUUCCCAGGCCUCCUGAUUGACCUGCAGGAAUCCCAGAGGAGGGGAGCCCGGGUGCUGAAGGCUUAUGCAGAAGUCUCACCCCAACAGUGCAGCAGAACCUGCUGCCUUCUGAAGAACGUUUCCUGCAAUCUAGCAGUGUUCUACCAUGGAGCCAUUCACGAGAGUAGGAAUUGCCUGCACGUGUCUUGCCCAGCAUUGGAAAGCUGCAUCCUGAAGGCUGGAAUCAAUGUCAUUUUGUACAACAUCACAACAGGGGUUGAUCCAGAUCUUCUUGUUUUUGAAAGACUGACAUCCAAAGAGCCAAAUAUUCAUGAAUACGAAAGGCAGAACAGCACAGAGCCCACCGAGGGGGAAAGAUGCCAACACCACAAUGCCACGUCAAGUUCUCCUCUGUUCCAAGCUCCAGCCUCUACCACGAGCCAUGGCUUAACAGCAAACACUCACACCUCCAGCAGCACAAGCCUCACGGUCCAAAAAAACCAAGUCACUACUUAUCCCAGGGCGGAAACUUUUCCAACAGGUGACCAUUUUGCUAAGAGGACAAGCACAACUUCAGUAAGCACCAGGCAAGCCACCAGCACUGAGCACUCACCUUGGACACCCAGGCCUGCUGAUGGAGUAUCCCACAUGCCCACUCCUCCUCGCCUGAACGGCAGCAAGCAACACUUGAAUGAAACCAAAGGCUACAGUGGCAGGAAUUCUACUUCGGAAAAUGAGGCACCUGCUUGGGAAGUGUCAGCUUUGGGAGUCUGGUUGAUUCCUGUUGUUCUUUGCUCUUCUCUCCUCUGCCUUUGCUGUUGCACCGUUGCUCUCACGACAGGGCGCUGCAGCAGCAGGAGAGGUCAGUACAAGCCCAUAAGGAGAAGAACAAAAAUGUCAAGGCAGUUCAUAAAAUACACUACUGCCAAAAGUAAUUUGUAAAACGCUGUCACCAUCCUUUCUAUGGAACAAAUGGGCUUUUAAAAAUGCAUCCUAUGUAUCACUUUAUUUCUUUCACAGAAGCAAUGAUUUUUUUUAUAAUAUUUCAGUUAUAAUUUAAUUCUUGUCAGAUGAAACACAAUUCCCCUGCCUCUUUAGCUAAGAAGUACACACUCAUAGCUCCCAUUGUGUGCUCAGAGGUGUUCAAGCGUGUUUUGGUUCAUAAUCUGAUGCCAACUGAUGUCUAACAAACAGUGUAACACUUUCCCUAACUUAAGAGAGCAGGUUCACUGCAGCUGUACCUAUUACAACAUCUGUGUGUCAGAAUAUUAUUUAAUUAGUAAGAUUAAUGCAGUGUUCAAAGACUAAACUGAUGAGGUUGUAAGGCCACAUGAAUACCUAGUUACAGCUGAGCAGGUUUCAGAAGAAAAGACCUCUCUAAAAUUAUAUUUUAGUCCACAUUGAUUGGCACUGGAACUUAGAAAACUGGAGUUUAAAAACCCCCUUUUUUGUAGUAUUUUAUUGACAUCAUAUGCUAAUUUGUAUGUAACAGAAGAGAGACCGACACAAGAUAAGAACAUUUUAGAAGGGUAGUGUUAUUUAAUCAGUUGAAAUAACACAAAAGAAAAUUCUUCUAUUUCAGUUAGAAAACUUAGAAUUAGGCAUGACUUUUUUUUAAGGGCAGU